GGACCUGGCAGAGGAGCUGCGCCACACCGCCGCCGCAGCCGGCGCACCGCCACUCCUGCCCGCCCUUGCCUCGCUUCUCGGUCCUCCUGGCGCCUCCGCUGCCCGUGUCGUCGUUCCUCGGCCACCUCGCCGUCUGGAGCCAUCACUAGGUCUGCAAAGAAGCCACUUGCGGACUGGCCCCGCCGCCGCCGCCGCCGCGACCUCAGAACAAUCUCUUCCUUCGGGGACUGCGCAGCCCUCGUCUGCAAAGCAGCCGCUCCUCGCCCAGCUGAAGGCCGGGCUCCGACCGCGAACGCCGGAUCAACAGGGGGAGCAAGCAGCGGGUGCCCGACGCCCCAGCUGCCGAGAGAAAGCGGCCACGCCCCGCGACCACACCCCGGCGCCUCUUCAGCCCCGCGGCUCCAGGCUUCGCCACCCGCCGUCGCUCCUCGCCUUCUGCGCUGCGACACGACACCCUGCCUGCGGGUGGGAGACGCGGGCUGCAGACCCCGACCCGAGACGCAAGAUGGCGGCGGACGCGUGACUGACUGCCAGAGCAUCCCAGAGGCUUCGCUCGGAGAACCAGCCGAAGGACUGACUUUGCGGGGCAGCGAAAGGACAAGAGGAGGACUCUGGUGUCAUUUGUUAAUUGUGAUCGCGUGAAGCUUGCCUCCCUCGGGCAUAUUGGGGGGAGUGUCUGCUGCUGUCCUAAGUCCCAGAGCACAGGGAGCCACAGCCUAAUCCUUAUUUGUAGAGUUGGGGCCCUUGACAGUUGGGAAAAUGGCGAUGACACUGUUGGAAGACUGGUGCAGGGGGAUGGAUGUGAACUCCCAGAGAGCCCUGCUGGUCUGGGGGAUCCCAGUGAACUGUGAUGAGGCUGAAAUCGAAGAGACCCUCCAGGCUGCGAUGCCCCAGGUGCCCUAUCGAGUACUUGGGAGAAUGUUUUGGAGGGAAGAGAAUGCAAAAGCAGCCUUGUUAGAGCUCACUGGCGCUGUCGAUUACGCCGCGAUCCCCAGGGAGAUGCCGGGUAAAGGAGGGGUCUGGAAAGUGGUCUUUAAACCCCCGACUUCCGAUGCUGAAUUUUUAGAAAGGCUGCACCUCUUCCUGGCGAGAGAGGGGUGGACCGUGCAAGAUGUUGCCCGCGUCCUUGGGUUUCAGAACCCUGCUCCGGCCCCAGGCCCAGAUAUGCCGGCAGAGAUGCUAAACUAUAUUUUGGAUAAUGUUAUUCAGCCUCUUGUUGAGUCCAUAUGGUACAAGAAGCUGACGCUGUUCUCUGGGAGGGACAUCCCGGGGCCGGGGGAGGAGACCUUUGAUCCCUGGCUGGAACACACUAAUGAGGUCAUAGAGGAGUGGCAGGUGUCUGAUGUAGAAAAGAGGCGGCGGUUGAUGGAGAGUCUUAGAGGCCCUGCCGCUGAUGUCAUCCGCAUCCUCAAGACUAACAACCCUGCAAUAACCACUGCUGAAUGCCUGAAGGCCCUUGAGCAGGUGUUUGGGAGCGUCGAGAGCUCUAGGGAUGCGCAGGUCAGAUUUCUGAACACUUACCAGAACCCGGGAGAAAAGUUAUCUGCAUAUGUCAUUCGACUGGAGCCUCUUCUGCAGAAGGUGGUGGAGAAGGGGGCUAUAGAUAAAGAUAACGUGAACCAGGCCCGCCUGGAGCAGGUUAUUGCCGGGGCCAACCACAGCGGGGCCAUCCGAAGGCAGCUGUGGCUGACGGGGGCUGCGGAAGGGCCUGCCCCUAACCUCUUCCAGUUGCUGGUGCAGAUCCGAGAGGAGGAGGCCAAGGAGGAGGAGGAGGAGGCUGAGGCCGCCCUCCUGCAGUUAGGCCUGGAGGGGCACUUCUGAGGCCCAGGAAACAGGCUGUACUGCAGAUCUAGAUCACAGCUGCUUUCCUUGUCUCCAUGCUAUCUUACAGGUGUCUCUUAGUAGUAAAGACUUAGCCAUGUGCUGGGGGGGAGGGGGUUUGAGAGCAGGGAGGCAGCAGGCCUGGGUAUUCAUGUAACAUUAGUACAAUCGUGCAAAUGAGCACCCUGAGCUACUUACUAUAAGUGAGUCGUACCUAGCUGCAAUGCCAGGUAAAGACUUGUGCACCAGUGCUCAGUGCAAGCUGUCGUUGUGGCAAUCAUCAGUUGUAAAACGUGAAUUUGUGACACUUCCCAUUGAGGUAAUUGUGAAAUUGCAUGUUCUGAUGUUUAGCGCAGGACCUGGCAAACACAAAAAGUGUUCAGUAAAAAUGAUGAGCCGUUAUUACUAAUAUCGUGAAUAGUUCUGUGUUUACAGUAAAUUGUUCCUAAUUUAUAUUAAUGGAAAGAAAUGUGACUUAAUUAGAUACUACCAGUUAUUCAACCAUACAAAGCAAAUUUCUUAUUUUUCAUCUUGAAACGUCUGGAUCAGUUUAAUUGACAAGUGUUCUGAGACUAUGGAAUGGGGUGUUAGGAAACAAUUCUAGAACUGCGUGAAUCAAUUUUUCUCUGUACAAGAUACAGAUAUAAACUGCAUGGGAAGGUUAUAAAGAACCAGUUACAGUAUCUAGUUCCCCACUUCAACUCUGUCAUUGAAUAGUAGUUCUUGUUCAUGCUGAUUCUAAGUGUUCUAAAUUUCAAGUUAUCAAAAUACAUGUAUAUGAAUAAAAAUAUUUUAAAAAUUC